GGAUAUACCUGUACAGCCAACUCAGCUGCCAUAUCUGCCUGGCCAAGCUGCCGGAGAGAGAGAGAGAGUUAUGCAGGCCACAGCUGCGCUGUUCCUGGGGCUGCUCUGUACCUUCAGCAGAGGCCAGCGUUCUCCACUUAAUCACUUCCAGAGGCUAAGAGGUACUCAGCUGAAAAAUUUGUCCCAACAGGCAACAGAGCUGCAUGAUAAUUUAGAGGGCUGUGCGCAGCGAUGUACGAUAUCACUUGGCUGCAGAGCCUUUCAUUUCAACUUUCGGAGUAAUGUAUGCCAGCUGCUGCCAGAGACCCAGCACUCACCAUACACCCGAUUGGAGGAGAAUGACCACUAUGAUCUCUACCAGAGGAAAGGUUAUGUAAGGGAUUGCAUCAUGGGAAAUGGGAGAGACUACAGAGGGACCCACUCGGUGACUGCAAAUGGGAUAACCUGUCAACGCUGGAAGUCAAUAUAUCCUCACCAACCUAAAACAUUUCCUUCACUGGACGGUGGUGGAUUGGACGAAAAUUAUUGCCGGAAUCCAGAUGGAGAACUGCAAGGUCCCUGGUGCUAUACAAUGGAUCCCAAUGUCCGGUACCAAACCUGUGGCAUCAAGAAAUGUGAAAAUGCCGUCUGUAUGUCAUGCAAUGGCGAGGACUAUCGGGGCUCUGUGGAUCACACUGAGUCCGGCAUAGAGUGCCAGCGCUGGGACCUCCAGCUUCCUCAUAAACAUCCCUACAAACCAGAGAAAUAUUCUGAUAAACACCUUGCGGACAAUUACUGCCGUAAUCCUGACAGUUCUGAGCGUCCUUGGUGUUACACGAUAGAUCCUGCCAAGGAGCGGGAGUAUUGCCACAUUCCAAAAUGCGCCCUGAAAGCAGAGAGGCCUAGGCACCCAUCUAGGACAACCAGCUGCUUCAGUCUGAAAGGAGAAGACUACCGAGGCAAGGUGAACAUCACAUCCACAGGCAUUCCCUGCCAACGCUGGGACUCACAGACACCUCACCAGCACCGUUUCCUGCCUGAGAAAUAUGAGUGCAAGAACCUGGACGAGAAUUAUUGCCGGAACCCUGAUGGCUCAGAGGCCCCCUGGUGCUUCACUACCUUCCCCAACGUGCAGAUGGCCUUUUGCUUCCAGAUCAAGCGCUGUGUUGAUGAUGUGGUGGUAGAAGACUGUUACCGUAGAAAUGGAGAAGACUAUCAAGGCACUGUUAGCAAGACUCGGAAAGGGAUCACCUGCAAGAAGUGGAAAGAUCAGUCGCCUCACAACCCCCCGGUCUUCCCUACCAUGCUCCCUGCUGUGCGCCUUGAAGAGAAUUAUUGCCGCAACCCUGACAAUGACAACCAUGGGCCCUGGUGCUACACCAUGGAUCCUAAAACUGAGUUUGAUUACUGUGCUGUUGAGCCAUGUGCUGAUGAGAAGAAAUCAUCCAUCUUUCUGAACCCAGAGAACAUAUUCUUUGACCACUGUGGCCAGAAGCGAUUACUGGAUCGUGUUUUAAGAGGGCGCCCUGGGAACUCACCUUGGACAGUCAGCAUCCGUAAUCGGGAAAGAGUCCACUUCUGCGGAGGGUCGCUGGUGAAACAGCAAUGGGUCAUCAGCACGCGCCAAUGUUUCUCCUCUUGUGAUGCUGAUCUAUCUGGUUAUGAAGUCUGGCUUGGAAUGCUCCUCAAGAACCCCGGUCCUAAUGUCAGUGCCAAACAGGCCAUCCCCAUCAUAAAGAUCACCUGUGGCCCUUCGGAGUCUUCUCUGGUGAUGCUGAAACUGGAGAGACCAGCCAUUCUGAACCAGCGUGUGGCACUGAUCUGUCUCCCACCCGAGCAUUUUGUUGUGCCUGAGAACACGAAGUGUGAGAUCUCAGGAUGGGGUGACACCAGAGGUACUGGUGAUGACAAUGUCCUGAAUGUGGCUGAUCUGCUAGUCAUGGGCAAUCAACAGUGCAGUGUGGCGCUCCGAGGCCGCCUGAAGGAGAGCGAAUUGUGUACGGCACCUGUGAGUGGCGGCGUGGGGGCCUGCGAGGGCGAUUUUGGAGGCCCCUUGGCCUGCCUGACUCAUGACUGCUGGGUGUUACAAGGCGUGAUCACCCCAACCCGCGUGUGUGGUCGUGAAGAUAAGCCUGCCACUUUUAUCCGUGUCUCCCUCUACGUUGACUGGAUCAACAAAGUGACGAAGCUGAACUGAGCUUGCUGGAGUCAUCCAGCUCAUGCUGAAGGCUCCUGCCUUCUCCGCCUUUUUCUCAGCAUCACCCAGGAAUGGUCCCUCCCUGCUCAUUCCUGAAGUACAAGACCCUCAAAUCACUAUCCAUUUUAGCAAGUGGGAAGACAUUUUUGAAGACAGGUUGUGAACUCUGUGUGGGAGCAUAUACAGAUGGAGCCGGCUCCUCUUGGCGCACCCAAAUGGAGCUUUUGACACAAAUGCUACCAUAAUAACUCACUUCUCUCCUUUGGGAAUGGCAUUUAUUCUGAAAAUGCAGGUACACCAAUAGAACAGAAUGCCAAAACAAAAUAUUGUUUUUGUUUUGCCUAACUAUACAGUGAUUUAUAAACUACACGCUCACACAAAUAGUAAUAAAACAAUUAAAAACAAAUUUGUAAGGAAAAAAGAGAGAGAUCAAAAUAUUCCUUGUCAUAGUCCAGAAAAAUCCAAUUUACAAUCCUUACAUUACAUGGGUCUCCCAACCUUUUUGGGUCGGUGAGCGUUUAGAAUUUUGAGAGAGUCAUGGGUGCUCUCACAAGAUGGCUGCCACUGGGGGGAUUGGGCAUUCACAAAAUUAUUGCCAUGGUGGGUGCAGCCAGUCACAAAACACCCAUUUCCUAUAAGGCAAACUGAUGAGAUUAAAAGAAAAGUAACCAUAGUGCUCCCACUGCUCAGAAUCCCCCAAACCCAGAGGCUUCCAAGUCUCCUGUAUUCUGCCAGGUUGAAGCUACCAGGCCACGAGGAGCGACGGGGACGAUCUUUGCUUCCCCAUCCUCUGCUUUUUCACUAGAUGGGCUUUUCAGCUCAUCUAGCAAGGGUGCCUCAGAGGGGAGGGAAAGAGCUCAGGAUAAAUCUAUCCUGUUCUCUCCAGUUCUCCCCUCUCACCCACCAGUAUGCCCCAUUCCCCCCUCUCCAAAGCAGCUACUGUGGGGUGGGGGCAUAUCUCCAAUCCCCCCUCCCAAGAUGUGCUGUAUCUGACCUCGGAGAAGGGGGGAUCUGAACCAAGUACAAGGCAGAGGUGGGGGUCUGAGCUCUAAAACACAAAAACACAGUUUUCUGUGCAAACUGACAAGGCUCAGAGAGACAAAUAAUUUGGCCAAGAAUGCCACUUGGGGCCCCAGAGGCAUUCUGGGAAAUAAAGGUGGGGCUAUAGACCGGUGCUUCACUUUGCAGCAUGCCAGCCUCCCAGUUUAAAUAAUAAUGAUAAUUACAAGCGCUUAAAAAAAAAAUCAGGAGGGACAGGGAGCCUGGUGGCAAAUCUUUAGAUCUAUCCAACAUUUCUAAAUCAGACAGAGAAUAGGCUAAAUUGGGUGUGUCUCAUUUACAGUUGUAUAUAUCUUUAAAAACAAUUAAAAUUGUGUAUCUCUUU